GCCCCGACUCAACCGAGCCAAGAUGUUCGAUUGAUGUUCCGUACACAUUUCCGUUAAUUAUUAUUUGACACAAUCUUUUUAUUUCUGUAUUUUUAGCUCAAAACUUGUACGUAUGCACAUGUUUGUUUGCAUGCAUUGAAAUUGUGUCUGAAAUGGAUGUGAUGAGGAAGAACAUGAAGAUGGUCUAUUUGUUAUUGGGAAUCGUGAUGGUUGUUGAGUUAGGAUCGGUGUCCGCUAAUGUGUUUAAGGUGCACCACAAGUAUGGUGCACGUGCCGAAAGAUCUUUACGUUCUUUGAAAGCUCAUGAUUCUAAGCGACAUGGUCGUAUGCUUGCUGCCAUUGAUUUCCCAAUAGGUGGGAAAGGCCGUGCUGGUGAUUCAUCGCUCUUUUUCACGAAGAUUGGGAUUGGAACUCCUAAAAAAGACUAUCACCUGCAGGUUGACACAGGAAGUGACCUCCUAUGGGUACAUUGUGCUGGCUGCAGCAGUUGUCCCAAGGAAACGAAGCUUGAUAUAAAGUUGGCCCAGUAUGAUCCAAAGGGUUCGUCAACUGCAAAAUCUGUCAACUGUGAUGGAGAAUUUUGCACUACUAUAUUCAAUGCCCCAAAUAGUGAUUGCAAAGAAGAUAACCUCUGCACCUUUUCUAUUACUUAUGGAGACGGAAGUAAAACUGGAGGAUAUUUUGUCCAAGACUUCAUACAUUUUAAUCAAGCAUCUGGUGAUCUAAAAACAACAUUCAUGAAUGGGAAUAUCACAUUCGGGUGUGGGAUGGAAAAGUCUGGAGAGGACUCUGAUGAGGCAGUUGAUGGAAUAAUUGGAUUUGGGCAAGCAAACACAUCUGCAAUAUCACAACUCGCUGCAGCAAAGAAGGUGAAAAAGGUGUUUUCUCAUUGCUUAGACGGAAAAGAAGGAGGUGGUAUUUUUUCUAUUGGAGAAGUGGUAAAGCCGAAAUAUUCUUCAACACCUAUGCUCCCAGAUAUGCCGCAUUAUAAUGUUAUUAUGACGGGACUGGAGGUGGGUGGCGAAACUAUAGAUAUGCCACCAGAUAUGUCUGAAUCUGGUGAAAAUAGUGGUGCAAUAAUUGAUAGUGGUUCAACGCUAGCUUAUCUUCCUGAUGUGCUUAUGAAACCAAUGAUGAAAAAGAUUUUGGCUCAGCAACCUGAUUUGAAGCUUAAGACACUAGAGGAUCAGUUCACUUGCUUUCCAUAUGAUGAUGAUGUUGAUAAAGCAUUUCCAGUAGUGACCUUUCAUUUUAAAGGUUCAGUAUCUUUGCGAGUUCAACCCCAUGAUUACCUUUUUCCGGUGGAUGAUGACCAGUGUUUUGGUUGGCAGAGCAGUAAUAUUCAGUCAGAUGAUGGCAAGCAAUUCACACUCUUGGGAGAUCUUGCUCUAUCAAAUAAGCUUGUUGUAUACAACCUUGAAGAUCAGACCAUUGGAUGGACCGAGUACAAUUGCUCAUCAAGCAUCAAAGUGAAAGAUGAUCAUUCUGGAAAGGAGUAUGCUGUAGCUUCCCAUGAUAUUUCUACCGCUUCAAUAAACAGUCUAAAUCUGGCAAAGAAUUUGGGAUUGUUGUUGAUGAGUUUUAUCGUAUGCACUUUGAUGAUGUGAUGAUGGUGUUUUCGAAUUAAGCAGAGUUGCACCUUGAUGGGAUUGUUGGAGCAAAUUUGUUACAUGUGGAAGCACCCAUAAGGAAUGGUGAAUGAAAGAUUUUGAUUUCAUUUCUUAGUUAAUCAACUUAAGUAUGGAAAAUGUAAAAAUUGUUUUCAGUUUUUGGUUGUAAUAUAAGUAAAUAUUUACAAUUAUUGUUGUUAAAUAUUGAUAACACACACGUACAAUAUGCCUAUAAAUAUGUUAUCAUUAGUAUUUUCUUUU